UGACGAUUGUCUGUGUAAACCUCUUCUCUAUCAGUAGUCCAAUGGCAAAUUCGACGACGAUUACGAACGCUGAAGCGACGUCGUCUCCGGCGGCGUCUCCGCCGUUGCGGUUCUUCGUUCGCUCGAUGCCGAUCAGCAACAGCUUUGUGUUGCAUGGUUCGGAAGAAGACAGCGUGAAAUCCGUUCACGAAAGGAUCGAAAGCAGAACCGGAAUCCCAAUUCGCGAGCAGGUGUUGAUCCACCAAGGGAAACAGCUCCGUUGGGAGCAGAAUCUCGGCGAGUGCGGCAUCCAAAACGACGCGAAUCUUCAAUUGGUGGGGCGGUUGCGCAGUGGAGGUUGCUCGGAGGAGGUGUAUGCAGUGGUGGGCCAAAUGGUUUCCCUCAUCCGGCGUGUCUGCGGAGGGGAAUUGGAUCUCAGCGUUACGCCUAUCAUCGAGCAUGUCAUGAGCAUACAGUUCAUGGCGAAGCUCAACGCCUUUGACGUUUUGGUUGCAUGCAAAGCUCCGGAGGCGCUGAUCAAGCUUCGCCUGUCCUCCUUCUCAGGUAACCAGGACAUUGCUGGUUCCGCCAUAGCAUUGUUUUUGGAAUCUUGCCGCUAUAUGAUUAGCAAAGGGUUGCAUGCUUGUUGCCUUGGCGCGGUUGUGGAGUUUUGUAAACUGUUUACAGUACUAGUGGGGGGUAAUGAGCCUUUGUUUAUGAGUUGCUUGUCUUGUCUCCGGGGUACGUUGGAGGGUAAUGGGGAUCGAGAUCCGAAUCGGAGGGUUGUGCUUAAGGGUGUUUUUGAUUAUGUUUGUGAGCUUGUGGGUGUGUUGUUGAGGGAAAUGGAUUUGAGUACAAACCGUCCCGUGCCGUUUUUGCUGACCCGUUUUCAGGAACUGGUUGAUUUUAUAAUCCCUUUGAGGAAUGGAAUCAGGGGGUUGCAAGCUUGGGAGGCUGUAAUUGAUGGGGAGGUACCCUCGCUCGCGAAAGAGGUUAACCACAUUCGUUUUAUGUAUAUGCAGUUAUUGUCCAAAAUGGAUGGGUCCCUUCAGGCCAUGGAGGAUUGCUUGGCUAAUAAGGAAGAAGGAAAUAGAGGUGUUGCUGUUGCCGGUAUGGGCUGGUCUCUGCAUAUUUCCUUGUUGAAGCGUUUGUAUACAAUCUCCAAGGCUAAGCUAUAUGACGGCGCUGAAGAGAUGUUUUGGGGAGUUUUAAUCCGUCGGAGAAACAUGGUGUCACAGUUAUUUCUUUGGUUUGUAAAGAGAACUGACGAUCAUCGGUGGAUUCUUGAGCAGAAAAGCGCGACCAACUUUGAAUGUAGGAGGCAUUUGGCAAUGAUGUUGUUCCCUCAUGUAAGACAUGUCUAUGGUAUGGGGCAUGAGAUGCUUAUUGACAGGUCUCGGCUACUAACUGAUUCUUUUGAGUACAUAUCACAUGCAAGUCCAGAAUCUCUGCGAGCUGGUCUUUUAAUGAAAUUUCAGAAGGAGAACGCUACUGGACCGGGUGUGGUGAGGGAGUGGUUUCUUUUGGUGUGUCGAGAAAUAUUCAAUCCGCUAAAUGGUCUUUUUGUGGCAUGCCCAAAUGACCGCAAGAGAUUUUUACCAAAUCCUGCAUCUAGCGUACAUCCUCUGCACCUUGAGUACUUCAACUUCUCCGGUCGAAUUAUCGGUUUAGCUUUGAUGAAUGACGUGCAAGUGGGAAUUGCUUUUGAUCGUGUGUUUUUCAAGCAAUUGGCUGGAGAACAUAUUACUUUCAAAGAUAUACAGAAAACAGAUCCUUACCUGCACAGAAGCUGCAAGAAAAUAUUAGAGAUGGAUGCAGAUUUUGUUGAUUCAGAUGCAUUAGGACUGACAUUUCUUAGGGAGGUGGAGGAAUUAGGACACAGGAAAGUUAUUGAGCUUUUCCCUGGUGGGGAAAGACACGUAGUGAAUAGUAAGAAUAGGGAGACAUUUGUUAAACUUCUUAUACAUAAUCAAUUUGUGACAUCCAUAUCUGAGCAGAUAUCGCAUUUUAAUAAGGGUUUUGCUGAUAUUCUUUCCAACUCAAAGCCGCAAGAGUUCUUUCAAAGUUUAGAGCUUGAAGAUCUUGAUCGGAUGUUGCAUGGGAGUGAAAAUGUCAUUUCUGUUGAAGAUUGGAAGGCACACACUAAGUAUAGAGGCUAUAAAGAGACUGAUGAUCAGAUAUCUUGGUUUUGGGAGGUUGUUGGGAGAAUGUCAGCAGAACAAAUGAAGACUCUUCUAUUCUUUUGGACAUCUGUGAAAUAUUUACCCUUUGAAGGUUUCGCUGGUUUGAAAUCUUGUUUAUUCAUUUGUAGAUCCGAGGAACCUGAUGAUCAUCUACCCUCAUCUCACACAUGCUUUUACCAACUUUGUUUCCCCCCUUAUUCAUCUAUGGCCGUCAUGCAAGAUCGGUUUAAAGUCAUCACUCAAGAACACAUCAGUUGCAGUUUCGGUGCUCUGUGAAUAAACUUGCAACAUCAAUAUUGAUACAAGUGGUUUUGACUGCACCUAAAAACAAAGAUACUCUGCUAAGUAUAAAUUGUAGAAUAUGAAUAAAUUUGGGCUUUUUCUUAUGUUAAAAUAGUACUAUUUUAUUUUGUAAGGAAUCUUAUAA